GAACAUCACAUCACGUCGCGGUUCGUCACUCGUGUCGUGGCGCUGACAGAGUGAACACUUCUGUCAGUUACACGGGGUCUCUCUGAGUCGUGGGUGUGUUCUGAGAUAGAUACUGGAAAGAAUUUAAAAUCGUUUGAUUAACAAGACCAGCAACAAUGGGCGGUUUCGCAUGGGUGACGUUGGCCACAAACGAUUCUUACUCACUUGGAGCUUUGGUUUUGGCGCAUUCCCUGCGCCGGGCCGGUACCAAGCAUGAUUUGGCAAUUCUUAUAACCCCGGGUGUCACUCAGGUUAUGAGGGAAAAAUUGGCCUCGGUAUAUUCUCUUGUCCAGGAAGUAAACGUCCUGGAUUCAAAGGAUGAGGCCAAUCUCGCGCUCCUUGCACGACCCGAACUCGGAAUCACAUUCACCAAAUUACACUGCUGGCGGUUGACUCAGUACGAAAAAUGUGUUUUCGUGGAUGCCGAUGCUCUCGUUGUCAGGAAUUGCGACGAACUGUUUGAACGAGAAGAGUUGACAGCAGCACCCGACGUCGGAUGGCCGGACUGCUUCAACUCGGGAGUUUUCGUAUUCAAGCCGUCGCAGCAGACCUUCGCUUCGAUCACUUCAUUCGCGGCGGAAAAAGGUUCGUUCGACGGUGGUGACCAAGGUCUCCUCAAUUCGUACUUCAGUGAUUGGGCCCACAAGGACAUCUCCAAGCAUCUACCGUUCAUCUACAACAUGUGCUCAACGGCAACUUACUCGUAUCUGCCUGCCUACAAACAAUUUGGGGAAAAUGUUCGUAUUAUACAUUUCAUCGGCGCCACAAAACCUUGGCUGCAAUAUUUCGACACUGAAACCUCAACCGUCCAUCCGCCGUCAGGAUGCAAUCAUUUGCAGCCACUUUUGCAACUCUGGUGGAACAUUUUCUGCGAAAACGUUUACCCUAAGCUAUCACCAGUGAUGGCCAGGAGCACAUUGGCAUCAAUUUGGCACAGAUUCACUCCUCCUUUGCCCAGCACGUCCGUUCCUUGGUAUCCAAUCCGUAACGAAUCGAAUCAAAGUCACUCGUACAGAUCAGAGUCACGAAAAUCCAAUUACAACUAUGAAGACGACAUCGCGAAACCCGCAGAUUUUUCCGAAUUCAACGACCCGUGGGAACAGUAUAUACCGAAUUACACUCCGCCGGAAAAUCUGGACUAUCAUCAUCAAAGAGAUCACACUCUGCAGUAUUAUAAUACCGGUCCACACGAGUUUAAUGACAGUCAGAGUUCCCAGCAAUUUCAAAAUUACGCAUUCGAUAAUCCUCCGCAGCAACUUCAGCGUCACGACAGACUAUCGGUCGAUAAUCCCCAGCAACCGACUCCGUCGGUAAACCUUGACGCGUACAGUUUAACGUCGCAACAUCGCGACUUUGACGAAAAUCUGAACGAGAACCGGAAUCAAAAUUACCAUAAUCCUUGGCAGAGUGAGAAUGAUUAUCAGCAUGUUCAAAAACAAUCGACAGAGGCGUAUCACAGUCCUAACUUAUGUAGGGAAACAUUUGUUGAUAAUACCGGGGAUUUUAGAGUACCGAAAAAUUUUGAAGCCGUUAACAAUGAAAUAUGGCGGGAGAGUCAGACUGAACAUUCUGAGCAUUUCAGAGAGCAAACAAGCCGCGAAAAUAUCGACGAUCGGUUGCACGGAGAUCAUUAUUUCAGGCACGAUCCUGAAGAGCAAAAUGACUCGAUUAGGGAAGAGCAAACAAAUGAUAGGCUUGACGAUUUUCACUCUGUACGAGAAGUUGAAUCUAUCCGAUCUAUCGAUGCCACUCCACAUUCCCAAUCCGAAUUUCCCUCUAAUCAUGAGCCUUGUACAGAUCCUCCGCACAAUGUAGCCCAGCACUAUGAACAAUCCGUAGACAAUCAGGGGCAACCAGCGGUCGAUGACGCUGGAAUUGCCGGAGCAUUGGCAAAGAUGACUUUGGGAGAACCGAGGAGCGCCGAACAAGUGGCACUUGAGGAACACAUGAGAAGGCAAGGCUGGGAACAGGGUCAAAUCGAUUAUAUGGGGCGUGACAGCUUCGACAACAUCUGGAAGAAGAUUCUCAGUACUAUAAGUCAACCUCAGGAACACCAGCCAUCGCCCACUAUGGAGACACAAAAUGUUGAAAUCAGUUCUCCUGUUGUUCCAUCCUCGCCUCUGGCAGCUACAUCAAGUUCAAUAGCCGUUUGCACAACACCGGACGUCUCUUCCCCUUCUAUUCCAUCCGGAGAAUCAGUAGCGACGCUUCAUAGCAACGACGUAAUUGAAUUUUUGAAAAGCGAGCCCAUCGUUGAACCCUUAACCGUACGAGACGAGCCAAAACUCCCAGAAGAACCAAAAUCCGUUGAACCCGACCUCGAGGCAAAAUCUGUCGUGGUAAAAUCCCCACCGGAAGAAAAAAUCCCAACGGAAUUUGCUGCCGAAGAACUUAAAGUCACUACUCAAGCGGUUCAGUCAUCUCCAGUUUCAACCAAAGUCCCGUUACCCGAAAGUACAGAAACGGAACCACUAACAAAAAAAACGGUUGAAGCUCUUCAAACUUCUCCGGCUUUACCAAAAGUUGAGCCACCUGAAAAUAUUGAACCGGUAUUAUCGAAGCCAGAAACAGCUACCAGUGAAAUCCUGAUUCAACCUUCUUCAAUUUUCUCCGAAGGCCAGUCACCUGCAGAAAAAAUAAUGGCUGGUCAAGUAUCUUCUUCAGCUGCAUCGGAAGUUGAGCCAUUUGCAAAUAUUGAACCGGUACCACCAUCAGAUCCAGAAACAGCUACCAGUGAAUCCCCUAAACCUUCUCCAAUUUCACUACAUGCAAAGGAAGAAACUGAUCCUGUCAGUGAGACGAAGCUCGAGGAAUUUGUCAGCACUUUUGAAGUGCCGAAAAGCGUUGUAAAAGAGUCGUCAGCGGUCUUGGAGGCAGAAACAACUGAAUCGAAAGCAAAACCAUCCGCCGCAUUAGCCGUUUCGGGUACAAGUUUAAUAUCUGGAACUGAACUCGGUACGGAAAGCGCCACGAGUGAGCUGACUGAACUUAUUUUAGACAGCAGCUCAGUUCCGAUUCAAGUCGCGGAGUCCGUGCUGCAAUCCGAACCGAAGGAAUCGGUGUCGGAAGAUCAGAGGCCGGUAACCGAAGAGGCGAUUUCAUCUGUAGUUGCACCGGUGCUCGAAACGGCGACUGCUGUAUCGGAAACUGUAGCGGAAGCAAAAGCCGCUGAAGAGUCGAAGGCGGCGGGAAAUUCGUUUCGUAAUGGCGUCGGCUCUGCGAUAACUCCUCUGGAAAUUCCUGCUCAGAUACCUGAACCGGAAAUUCCUGCUGAUAUACCAGAACCGGAAAUCCCUGCACCAGUAAAAAUCGAACCCGUUGCUGUUGCUCCGCAGGAGGCUGAGAUCUCCGGAGAAGAGUCUUCGAAAUCCGCCUCACUCACACCACCCGAUUCGCCAGGCACAACGGUUCCUGUUCGACCGAUCAGAACAAAGGACUCGAGGAUCCCGACAACACCGAUUGUGACCGAAGCCACGCCCCCAAACAGUCCACCAAUUGGUGGUGUGGAAAGCCUGGAGGAUCAGCCGCUGAAAUCGGUUAAGAAGGUGGUGAAAAAAGUUGUCAAGAAGGCGCCUGCGGAUGUUGAAGGCGCCGAAGGAGCGGCGGACAGCGAAACUGUGGGAAAGAAGGUAGUCAAGAAGGUGGUAAAGAAGAUUGUGAAGAAACCGAAGGAGGAAACUGAUGAUGGUGCAGAAACUUCAAGCGCUGCAACUGAGAAACCGAAAAAGACGGUAAAGGUGGUGAAGAAGGUCGUGAAACCGUCGGAAUCCCUCGAGGUGGAUGCUUCGAUACCGGACACACCGCCUGUCGGCGAAGUUCCAGUCCCGCCGAGACGAAAAACCAAGACUACGACAACGACUACGACGAAAACGACAACGACGAGCGGCAAAAGCCCCGCGGCUGAAGAAGCAGCGAAACCCUCCGAGUCUAAGUCAUAAUACUACGAGGGCAGCGAAUUGACAAUAAUCAUUAAUAUUAUAACUAUUAUUAUUAUUAUUAUUAUUAUUAUUAUUAUUAUUAUUAUUGAUAUUAUUAAUAUUAUUAUUGCUACUACUUUUCCUACUACUAUUAGGUUGCUGCGCAGUGUUCGAAAUUCGAAUAAUUUUACAACACAACAGAUUCUUAGAGUACGCAUAUUUCACUUUAUCAGUCAUUUCUUUUCAUGUUUUUUGAUUUCGUAUCUUGCAUCUAGCGAUUUUCUAUCCCAUAUUGCGGUUAUCAGAUAUUUGGUAUAAUGUAUAUUUCUCUAGCAAUCGUUGCAUUAUCGUAUUGUGGCCUUACACACCGCCGCGCGCCGUAUCGUUAUUUAUAAAUCAUGAUUAUAUCAUUUUUCUUUCCUUCUCUCAUUUUUUCGUUAUUUAGACGAAACACUUUCACGUUUGUCAUAUUAUCUAUAUUGAAGGUAGUGUUUGCUUUUCUGUAUUACCAAACCUUUAUCUGAGCAUUUUUUAGGUAUAGUAUCUAUUUGAGUUAUAUCAAUUAUUAUUUUUUUAUUAACUAUGUAUAUUUAUAAUCUAGUGAAUGAUUUUUGCAUACCAGAUUCAGUUUCUAUUUAGAUCUGCGUACAAGCCUUAAGAUAGCAGCGUUGUUUGACAUUUUCAUUAACCCCUUAUCAUAGAUGUAUAGGUUUUGAAGACAGGACCGGCAGAUGAGGUUCUUGCAUGAUUUUCAAUUGCGGUAUGUAAAAAUUACGACGGUUGAUAGAUCCAAUACUGUCAGAAGAAUUCAUUUGAAAAUUCGUAUCUCAAAGACAGUUAAUUGCAAAUGAUCUAUAUAUUUUUCAAAUGUUAUCGCCCACGUUAUGUGACGUCGUAAUUCUUCACACACCAAUUUAAAAAACGUUGAGCCCGAGGGUCAUCAUUUUGUAUGUAAAAAAAAAUUAUAACUGAUGCAUUACAUUUAUUGAAUACAUGUAUUUUGACGCAAUUUCAUCGUUUUUUUUCUUCUCGGCUUUGAAUCGAUGUUGCUAUAGCGAUUGUGUUUGCACGUCCACGAUUGAAAUGGCAUAUCAAUCCUCUGAAUGUUGUAUUAGAAAGUAAAGAAGGUUUGGAUUGACUUUCGUGAAUGAUAAAAACUUCAACAUACAAGAAUUUAAAAAAAUAAAGUAAAAACUAUAUAGUGGUGAACAGUGUCGAUCGAUAAUAAUAUAAAUCAAUUUAUCAAGUGAGAUGAGCUUUAUAGUUGUGCCUAAACCAAAAUUGAAGCUCGAGUGAUAUGGUUAAUAUAAUAUUAUAUUAAUGUGAGUGUUCACUUACAGAGUAAUUACAUAAAAAGUCAACGUUACAAAUUUGUGUGAGAAUUAAUGAAUUUGUAAAAUUAAUGGCAAUUAUUUCUCACUUUAUUGGCGGGUAAUUCAAUAAAAAGUGAUAUUUUCA